GGAUUGCUGGGAAGAAGAAGGAGGCAGUCGAGGUUGGGCCUUUGGAGAGACUGUCAUAGGUGGAACCUCCAACUAAAGCUCCGUAGCCGAACCGGACAGCGCGGGGACGCACGUUUUCAGUUCCUGUGGGAGCUCUCGAGGAAAAGACCCGCCACCACCGCCUUCCCUUGGCAGCCAUGAUGGAAGAGGAGAUCAUCGAGGACCGGGCCAAGCUCAAGCAAGGCCUGGUCAAAGUGCUGGAGUGCGUGGCCACCAUCUCCUCGGCCGCCGCCGUGGUCAACCCCAUUUUCGGCUUGGCGGGCUCACUGAUCCGGGUGGUGCUGCACCACAUCGACGACGAGGACAUCCGCACACUCAAGCGAGAGUUCGGCUCGGUCAACCGCGCCCUGGACGAGAUCUCACACAAGAACCGCAAGGCGCUGGUGGAGAUCCAGAAGGAGACGCUGGACGGCCAGUACUGUCCGGUGGAGGAGAACCUGAAGAACCAGUUCAGGAAGUUCAUGGAGCUUGUGGAGGCGCGGCCGGAGCACAGCGAGCGCAAAAAGGAUGACUUUAUGGAGAGCUACGCCAAUGACCUCGGCGACCAGAACCUGCACACGCUCUACGACGGCGUGGUGGGCAAGCCCAAGCUCUUCAGCCGGCCCAUCCUGGAGGUCUACCUGAAGCACUCCGGAGGCGACCGCCGCACCAUGGAGCGACUGUGCACACGCCUCACCUACCUCUUCUGCAUCGGCCUCAUCGCCCUCAUGGGCUACGCCGCCGUCAUCGGCGACGACGACGUCAGCCUGAGCGAGGAGUGGGCCGAGAAGAUGGAGCACGUUCAGGAGAAGAUGCAGCAGGCGCUCCGCAUGUGUCACUGAGGGCUCCUCUUGCACUUUGACCACAUUCCACGUGUAACUCCUCCCGUCAUGCCUUUUUUUGUCCUUCUAGAAGCCCUUUGGGACCACCCUCUAUCCAAACCGGAGACCUUUGUUACAACACACUUGCUGUGGCCUUCAGAGGACAUGCUUUAUAAUCCCGCAAGGAUCGCUAAUUACACAUA